AUGGAGUUUAUAUAUUGUCGUUUCUCUCUCACAGACCCAGAUGACGUGCUGAGUGUUGGCAUUCCUCUGGAGGGGCAACAGCGCCCUCUACUGGGGGCAACACUGAUAUUACCGUGUUACUUCGAGGACCACACAGUCCCAGAUCCAGGAGCUCCCACCAUCGCUCCCCUCUCUCACCGCAUCAAAUGGAGCCUCAUCACCAAAGAAAAAGUCACGACUGUCUUAGUGGCCUUGGAAGGACAGGUGCGUAUCGGUGAGAGCUACCUGGACAGGGUUCAUCUGGUGGGCUACCCUGCAACCCCGACGGACGCUACCAUCAAGAUAUCUGAACUACGGUCCACUGAUACGGGAGUCUACCGAUGUGAGGUUCAGCAUGGCAUCGAGGACAACCACGACGACGUUAAUGUGCUGGUUCAAGGUAUGGUGUUCCACUACCGGGCCAUCAUGGGCCGCUAUAGUCUGACCUUUGAGAAGGCGAAGGAUGCGUGCUCCCAGAACAGUGCAGUCCUGGCUUCACCUGAACAGCUUCAAGCAGCUUACGAUGAUGGUUUCCACCAAUGUGACGCUGGAUGGCUCUCUGAUCAGACAGUCAGGUACCCAAUCCACGAUGUACGUGUGAACUGCUACGGUGACAAAGAGGAACUUCCUGGGGUCAGGACUUAUGGAGUGAGAGAGCUCAAUGAGACUUAUGAUGUCUACUGCUAUACUGAGAAGAUGACAGGCAGAGUUUUCUACACUGCCGCAGCGGAAAAGUUCACCUUCGAUGAGGCUGCGGAGGCAUGCUCUAAGCAUGGGGCUCAGCUGGCCACCACAGGUCAGCUGUACCUGGCCUGGCAGGGUGGGAUGGACGUCUGUAACGCUGGCUGGCUGCGAGAUAGGAGCGUCCGUUACCCGAUCAACGUCCGACGGCCACAGUGUGGAGGAGGUCUGCUGGGAGUGCGAACUGUUUACCUCCACACCAACCAGACAGGAUACCCAUUUCCUGAGUCUCGCUAUGAUGCAUUCUGCUACACAGGUAACCGCCCAGCGUCACCGAGGUCAUCACCGACUGGAUACAGCCAGUCACCGCCCGGUGUGGUUUUCCAUUACCGCUCAGGAUCUGGUCGCUAUGUCUUCACCUUCAUUGAGGCCCAGCUGGCCUGCCAGAGUAUUGGGGCCACCAUGGCCACCCCGGAGCAGCUCCAGGCAGCAUAUGAGGCUGGAUAUCACCAGUGUGAUGCAGGAUGGCUCCUGGACCAGACUGUCAGGUAUCCCAUUGUUUUCCCUCGAGAGAAGUGUGCUGGUGAUUUGGAAGAUCAACCUGGAGUUCGGUCUUAUGGUCUGAGGCCAGCAGAUGAGAGAUAUGAUGUGUACUGCUACGCUGAUGGGCUAAAAGGUGAGGUUUUCCAUGUGGGCUCCGCUGAGGGUUUAACCUACGACGAGGCUGCUUCCACCUGUCAAGAGCAGAACGCCAUCCUGGCCUCCACCGGAGAACUCUACGCAGCCUGGAGACAAGGUUUCGACAAGUGCCGUGCUGGCUGGCUCUUGGAUCGUAGCGUCCGUUAUCCCAUUAACAACCCUCGUGCUGAGUGUGGAGCGGGGAAGAUAGCAGUACACACUGUGUACGCUCACCGCAACCAGACCGGCUACCCAGACCUUCACGCCAGAUUUGAUGCAUACUGUUUCAGAGCUGAUAUUACACUUAUUGCAAAUGAAACUGGGAUGAACAUCACAGAAAUCCAGGAGGCCCUCGUGAACCUGACGUCAAUUACUGAUUUAUUGAGGCCUGCCGUUCCCUCCAUUGUGCAACCCAUCGAUGUGGAGUCUUCAGGCUCUGGUUCAGGCUCAGGAGACUUUGGCUCAGGGGCUACCGUUGAUAGUGGAUCUGGGGGUCACUCUGGAGACUUGUCUGGAUCUGGAGACGGGUCUGGAUCUGGAGACUUGACUGGUUCUGGAGAUCAAGUCAUCUCUGGCGACUUGUCUGGUUCUGGACACCAGUCUGGUUCUGGAGACCAGGUCAUCUCUGGAGACUUGUCUGGUUCUGGACACCAGUCUGGUUCUGGAGACCAGGUCAUCUCUGGAGACUUGUCUGGUUCUGGACACCAGUCUGGUUCUGGAGACUUGUUUGGCUCUGGAGAUCAGUCUGGCUCCGGAGACCUGGUCGGCAGUACAAGUGCAGAGCUUCCCAGUGGAGCAUCGGGUCUUACCAGUGCAGAUGUUUCUGGAUCAGGACUCAGUGGAGAAGGAUCCGGCAUCACUGUCAUCUUUUCAGGUGUGGACAGCAUAGUGUCUGGAGAAGGUUCAGCUUCAGGAAGACUACAAGAAGCCGAAGAGGGAAGCACAGAGAUCCUUAUCUUCCCCUCGUCUGAAUCAGGCUCUGGAGUGCUCAGUGGUAGCGGGGACAAGUCUGGAUCUGGCAGUGGAUCCGGAUUCAUGACCAGCCGGGACUUUUCAGGUGGGUUCAGUGGUUACCCAUCAGGAUUCUCUGGCUCUGGAAGUGCCAGUGGACAGUCAGGAGAUGUUUCAGGAAGCGGAGGCGCUCAGAUAUCACUCGUAGAUGAGGAACUGGUCGAUGUGUCCACAAGUAUCACCCACAAGGAGUAUGAGCUUGGUGGAGGCCUUCUGACAUUCAGCGGCUCAGGAUCUGGGGUUCUCAGCGGGGAUCUCAGUGGCUCGGCCUCGGGGAGUGGCUCUGAGGUCUUCUCUGGUGUUAGCUUUUUGGGGUCAGGCCUCAUUGACCUUACAGAGUCGACUUCAACAGAGCAGGAGGCCUCUGGGGUUUCCUCGGGUGUUAGCUUUUUGGGUUCGGGACUCAUUGACCUUACAGAGUCGACUUCCACGGAGCAGGAGGCCUCUGGGGUUUCCUCGGGUGUUACCUUUUUGGGUUCGGGCCUCAUUGACCUUACAGAGCCGACUUCCACGGAGCAGGAGGCCUCUGGGGUUUCCUCGGGUGUUAGCUUUUUGGGUUCGGGACUCAUUGACCUUACAGAGCCGACUUCCACGGAGCAGGAGGCCUCUGCAGAUUUCUCGGGUGUUAGCUUUUUAGGUUCGGGACUCAUUGACCUUACAGAGCCGACUUCCACGGAGCAGGAGGCCUCUGGGGUUUCCUCGGGUGUUAGCUUUUUGGGUUCGGGACUCAUUGACCUUACAGAGUCGACUUCUACGGAGCAGGAGGCCUCUGGGUUUUUACUCUACAGCUCUGGACAGGGAAGUGGUGGACAUGUGUCAGGAUUUGGAGGCUCAGGCUUCCACUCUGGGUCUGGAUCAGGAAUGUCUGGACUGGAGUCCUCAGCGAGCGGGGAAGAAGGCAGUGUUACAUUCUUGAGUGGGGAUUUUACGACAGAGGUAUCCGGAAGCAAUUCAGUGGCUAUGGAGAUUGGACAAGGGUCGGUGGAGUACAGCGGAGAAGGAAGCGGCAGCAGCGGCAGUGGCCUCUACUCCGGCAGCGGAGAUACCCGCUUGUCCGCGUCCAGCGGCAUUUCCUCAGGAGCCCCCUCUGGAGAACUUCCACUGGUGGUGCUCCCCUCUCCGUCCAGUGAAUGGGCACUGACAGAGACCAGCACCACGGGACUAGAGCAGACCCUGAGCGAAGUUCAACAUGAGACCCCCAGCCUUGUACUCGCCCCUGCAGGAUUAGCUGCUCCUCCUACUGUGGCUUCACCAGCUUCAGUGCAGGCACCAGGCGUUGUGGAAGAAGCUGAUUUGGUUGGAGGUGGCGUUAACCCAUGUAAACCGAACCCCUGCGGUACUGCCUCAUGUACAGUAGAGGAUGGGGUCGCUGUCUGCCAUGAGGUAGAUGUGUGCCAUUCCAACCCUUGCGCCAAUGGAGCCACCUGUGUGGAGAGUGCAGACUCUUACAAAUGCUUAUGCCUGCCCAGCUACGGAGGGAAACGCUGUGAGAUCGAUGAGCAGCAGUGUGAAGAAGGUUGGACUAAGUUUCAGGGGAACUGCUACCUUCACUUCCCUGACAGAGAAGUUUGGGAGGACGCAGAGCAGCACUGCCGAGACCUGAACGCACAUCUGGUCAGCAUCAUCACACCCGAGGAGCAAACCUUCGUCAACUCGAAUGGACAGGACUACCAGUGGAUCGGGCUGAACGACAAAACAGUAGAGAGCGACUUCCGCUGGACAGACGGCACUCCUCUGCAAUAUGAAAACUGGAGGCCGAACCAGCCCGAUAAUUACUUUAACUCCGGAGAAGACUGUGUGGUGAUGAUCUGGCACGAGAGCGGCCAGUGGAACGACGUUCCCUGCAACUACCACCUGCCGUUCACCUGCAAGAAAGGACCAGUGUCCUGCGGUGCUCCGCCAGAGGUGGAGAACACUCACAUGUUUGGUAACAGGAAGGAGGAGUAUCCCGUCAACUCCAUCAUCCGCUACCAGUGUAACCCGGGAUUCACACAGCGCCACCCACCGGUAGUCCGCUGCAAGGCCGACGGACAGUGGGAGAAGCCGCAGGUGCAAUGUACUGAUGGUGAGUUCAGUCUAUAG